CCACCGCAUCUCAGAUUCAAACCAGAACCUAACUAAUCCUUUAAAAUCGUCUUCAUCCGUUGCCUCCCCCACUCAACCACACUUCUAAAUGGCUUCUUGUCUGAAUCUCUUCGUCUUCUCCUUCCUCUCCGUUCUACUCAUUUCAAAUUCACAGAUAUCUGAUUCAUUUAACGGCGUCGUUUUCCCUGUUACUCGCGACGUACAUACCGGUCAAUACAUCGCACAGAUUCUUCUCGGCGACUCCUCGGAGCCCGUCAAGCUCGUCGUGGAUCUCUCUGGUCCGCUUCUAUGGUUCGAUUGUUCCUCUGGCUCUCGGAAUCUCAUCUCCGGCAGCUCUAGCGGCUGCUUCAAGGCAAAGGUCGGAAACGACUUGGUAUCGCGAGGAGGAGACCACAACGCCGCGGAUUGCCAAUUGCUUGUGAGAAACGGCGCCGUUGGUAUCGCGGCGAGAGGAGAGCUCGCAAGAGACGUCUUGUCGUUUGGAUCUGUUUCUUCUCCGGGAACCGUUGGUAGUAUCCUCUUCGCGUGUGCUCCUCCGUCGCUUCUGCGUGGGCUCGCUAGUGGAGCCCGAGGAGUCAUGGGCCUAGGAAGGGCCCAGAUCUCUCUUCCCUCCCAACUCGCCGCGGAAACGAACGAGCGACGCCGUUUGACGCUUUACCUAUCGCAGCAGUCGAACGGCGUCGUGUCGACGAGUUCGGUUGAAGAUGUUUUCGGAGUUGCCGCGUCGAGAUCGCUGGUCUACACUCCUCUGUCAACCGGCUCGAGUGGCAACAAUUACGUGAUUAACGUGAAAUCGAUGAGAGUCAACGGGAAGAAGCUCUCCGUGGAGGGUCCGUUUUCGGCGGAACUAAGCACGUUGGUCCCUUACACGAUGCUGGAGAGCUCCAUCUACGCGGUGUUUGCUGAAGCUUACACUAAAGCUGCGGUUAACGCUAAGUUGGUAGCUACCGUAGCACCGUUCAGUCUCUGCUUCACGUCUUGGAGUGAGGUGGACUUUCCGGAGGUGGAUCUUUCGUUGCAGAGCGAGAUGGUGAGGUGGAGGAUUCAAGGGAGGAAUCUAAUGGUGGAUGUUGGUGGUGGAGUCCGAUGCUUGGGGAUCGUCGACGGCGGGUUGAACCCGGUCAGCCCGAUUAUAAUGGGUGGGCUUCAGUUAGAAGGCUUUUUGUUGGACUUCGAUUUGGGUAACUCGAUGCUGGGGUUCGGACAAAGGACACUCUCUACUUCAGAUUCCUUGCAACCAGAAGCUUUGUAGAGAAACCAUCUAUAGUUUUACUCGUAGAUAUACUCAGUUUUGCUCUUUUUGUUUGUGUGUUUGUUAAGAUACCUUUUUUCUCUGUAAGCAACUACGCAUUCACGCUAAUAUAUCGUCAGAGCUUAGUAUCUGCUUUAGUUUUUAUAA